CGCAACGCCUCAACAUGGUUAUCAAUUUUGCAGCCGGACCCGCCAAAUUGCCCGAAGAGGUGCUGAAGGAGGUGCAAACAAAUCUGCUUAAUUGCAAUGGCAGCGGCAUUUCGGUUAUGGAGAUGUCCCAUCGUUCUUCAAAUUAUGCCAAAGUUCAGGAUGCAGCCUUAGCCGAUUUGCGGGAACUGUUGAAUGUGCCCAGUAAUUAUAAAAUAUUGUUAAUGCAGGGCGGUGGCACUGGACAAUUUGCUGCAGUUGCUCUGAAUCUUAUUGGCAUUACGGGUACAGCGGAUUACGUCAUUACUGGCUCCUGGUCAUCGAAGGCAGCCAAAGAGGCGGCUCAGUAUGGCAAGGUCAAUGCAGUCCUGCCCAAGGCAGCCAAGUAUACAUCGGUGCCCAGGCAGAGCACCUGGCAAUUGGAUCCAAAGGCUUCGUAUGUCUACUACUGUGACAAUGAGACAGUCGAAGGCGUUGAAUUUGACUUUGUACCCGAGGUGGCAUCCAAUGUGCCGCUGGUCUGUGAUAUGUCCUCAAAUUUCCUAUCCCGUCCCAUUGAUAUCAGCAAAUUCGGUGUGAUCUUUGCCGGUGCCCAGAAGAAUAUUGGGCCAGCCGGCGUAACAGUCAUCAUUGUGCGGGAUGAUUUGAUUGGCAAACAUUUGAAGAGCACCCCAUCCAUUCUUAACUUUGAACUGAUGGACAAGAACAAUUCUCUGCUUAAUACGCCGCCAACUUUUGGUAUCUAUGUAAUGGGACUGGUCUUCAAGUGGAUCAAAAGCAAUGGUGGUGUUGCCGGCAUGGCUGAACUUGCCAAGGCCAAGUCCAAGUUGAUCUAUGAAACAAUUGAUAAAUCCGAUGGCUUCUACUACUGUCCACUGGAUACGAAUGUACGCUCGCGAAUGAAUGUUCCAUUCCGUAUUGGCAGUGCCGCCGGCAAUGAUGCUCUUGAGAAGGAGUUUCUGGCCAAGGCCGAGGCCGAUGGCAUGAUACAGCUGAAGGGACAUCGUUCUGUGGGCGGAAUACGCGCUUCCCUUUACAAUGCCAUUACUCUGGCGGAGACUCAACAGUUGGCUAAUCUCAUGCUGGCAUUUUAUAAAAACAAUAAAAACUAAAAUGUUCAUUUA